AUGUCGUUGAAUGCAGUCAGGGUUCUUUCGGGACUCGUUAAAUUUUUGUUUAAAAAGAAAAGAAUAUAUUGGAUAUUUGUGCUCUUCAUAUCCGGAUGGAGUACAGUUUCAAUAUUUAUUCUAAUGAAGAAUCGAUUUGAAACGGAUUCCACGAGCAUUGGAGUGACAACUGCUUACAGCCGUUGGACCAAUACUUUUCCCUCGAUUGGAAUAUGUUUGUCUAAGAAUCGAAUAACCGACGAUUUUACAAAUGCUGUGAAGAAACGCUUUCCUGGCGAAAAACCCUCUUACACGUAUAUAAGAACCUUAUAUGAUUAUCUCUUUAUAAACCCGAACAACUUGUACUUGAAGGGGGAAUAUUGUAAGAAUUAUAAUUCCACCUGCGGAGUUGAUAUAUUGGCUAUGAGAAGAGAGUUAUUCGCCAUGGUAUGCACAGAAUUCUUUGAGGAAAUUUACUUCUCUGAAAAACUGCUCCCAGACUGCGAACAGAUAUUCAAAUUUCAUGAGCUAGAAGUUGGUUAUUGCUUUUUGGCUAACAAUUUACUUGACUAUAAAAAUAUCAAUGAAAUGCCUUUGCGCUACUCUUCGUUGGACAAAUAUCGCAAUCUGCGAUUGAUAUUACGAAGUGGUCUGGUCUACCGUUAUGAUUUGUAUAUUAAUAGUCCCGAAGAUUUGCCUUAUUUUAAUGCCGUAUCCUAUACUAUAACCGGUGAGCCCACGGUGCAUAGCUUCAAUGCUGAGGAGAUUUACAAUAACGAAGACGUGAUUUAUGAGCCAGUUUCCCAAAGGAUGUGUAAAUUUCCAAGUGAAACCACAACACCGGGAAUGUCGUACAGUUUUAGCAUAUGUAUGUCCAACACUCGAAGCAAAAUUGAAAUGGAAAUAUGCAAUUGCACAUUAUUCAGUCAUUUUGAUCGAAGUUCAAAGAACUAUUGCGGUGUUGAUCAAAUAGCAUGUUUGGAUGCAGGAAAUCUCGCCGGAAAGGUAAAGGACUAUGUUGGAUUUAAUAUGGCUUGCUUGCCAUCCUGCAUGGAACAGCAAAUAACCUUUGUGGGGUCUCGUGAAAAAACGUACAAUAUAUCCGAAAGCUCUAAUUUUGUUGAAAUAGAAAUAGCUUCGCCGCCAACGGCCAGGUAUUACAGAACAGUAACUCAGACUAAACUCGAUUUAAUAGUGGCCAUUGGAAGUGUUAUAGGACUUUUCUUUGGUGCAUCCAUUUUGAACCUUUUAGAAAUUAUUUCAUUCAUUUUCAAGCAGUUCAAGAAAAUGUUCUGUUAG